AUGGAGUACGUGACCAAGGAGUGUAGUGCUCAUGCACUCAAGCAGAAGAACUACACUUUGGUGACAACAUCUGCAAAAUGGGAUGACGCACUCACGUACUGCAAGAAGGCUGGCCAAGAUCUGGCCAGUGUGGUCACUGUUCAGGAACGUGACAAAGCCACGUCACUCAUUCAGAGACAAUCCCAGAAGCCUCUGGAGGUCUGGGUGGGACUACAGAAGAAGAAAGAGUGGACCUGGUCAGACGGCUCUCCGGUGAACAUACUCUUCCUGUCAAACUUGUUUGGAUUUGUAAAAGAUCCGUGUGGAAGGCUGACCACCUCCGGCUUCCAGGUCUCAGACUGCAACACCAAGCUGCCAUUUCUCUGCCAGAGCAUUAAAGAUAUAAACGUAGCGAAUAUUCCGCCUGACAAAGUAAGUUCUGUGGUCACCAACUACUCAACAAAUGAGUUUUACUUAGUGAGAGACUUGCUAAGCUGGGCGGACGCUCAGAGGUUCUGCCAAAACAACUUCACGGACCUCGCCAGCCUCCAUCCUCCAGAGCAAGAAGACGUCCGCCUGAAGGUCCUCAACAUGAGUGUGACGUACGCCUGGAUUGGCCUGAGUAAACCGGCCGGCAAGUGGGUCUGGACGGACAACACAAAUCUGGAGGUUGCAGAGUGGGCCCCGGGAGAGCCCGACAACUACAACAACAACGAAUACUGCGCCAUGUUCUAUGUCAACGGCUGGAACGACAAGAACUGUGCGGCUCAGUUUCCUUUCCUGUGCUACAGAGGUAAGAAGUCAGAGGCUGAACUGGGCGAAAAAGACAAAGGGUGCCAAGUGGGCAACCCUGUUUUAUUGCAAAAUCAAAAAAAAAAUGCCGAGACAGAAGUGGCAUCAACAGCAACAACCGUUUCUGUGGCAAAAAUCCCACCUGACAGAGUGAUCCGCAUUCCCACCCAGUUCUCCAUAAACGAGUUUUAUUUUGUGAAUUACUCCUUAAACUGGGCAGACGCUAAAAGCUACUGCGAGGUGAACUUUACCAGCCUCACCAGCCUCAAGCCCACAGAGCAGGAAGACGUUCGACUGAAGGUCCUCAGCUGGAAUGAGGUGUUCGCCUGGAUCGGCCUGAGUAAACUCGAGGACCUGUGGGUCUGGACGGAUGGCACAGAGCUGCAGGCCCCACAGUGGUCUCCUGGCGAGCCAAACAACUUCAACAACAAUAGUGAAUAUUGUGCCAUGUUCUGGUUCAAUGGCUGGAAUGACAUGAACUGCGCGGCUCAGUUUCCUUUUGUGUGUUACAGAGGUAAGCAAACAGCCAGGGCCAGAGUCAUAAAAUCUGAAACCCCCCAGAUACAUCUGUGGGGACCACUGGAAAAUGUUUUAUUUUAA